GUGGGAGUAGUUUGAUUAUUGUCUUUCUAGAGACCGUUGACGAAGAAUCGCCGAAUCGGACUUGUUCCACGCGCUCACCACACUCCCCUCGUAUAAAUUUCGAUUCCAUCGGAGACGAACCAUCUCUGUAAAUCGAUCCCCAGAAAUCAAAACCCAUCUCGCGAAACCAACAAACAAACAAAAAAUGCACGAUUUCUGCUUCACUAUCCCGUACGGGAUGCUUCUGAUGGUCGGAGGAUUUAUCGGGUAUUUGAAGAAAGGGAGCAUCGCAUCUCUCGCCGGAGGUGCAGGCACUGGAUUGCUCGUCGUUCUCGCCGGUUUCAUCAGCCUUAAGGCUUUCGAGAAGAAGAAGACGUCGUCUCUCGCUACCGUUCUCGAGACAGUCAUCGCAGCUGCUCUCACACUCGUCAUGGGACAACGGUUCUUGCAAACUCAAAAGAUUAUGCCGGCUGGUUUGGUUGCUGGGAUCAGUGCCCUCAUGACUUGUUUCUACGUAUACAAGAUCGCAACUGGCGGAAACCACAUACCACCGAAAGCUGAAUGAUGUUUAUACACUCUGGUUUUGCCAAUGGAGUCACAGAAUCUCUCUUCCAUUGUUGAAAUAAGGUAUAUGAAUUUGUCGAUUUGGAAAUAUGUAUGGCGUAGACAAUGUUGUUGUGGUUUACACCUUAGACGAACAUCGUUUAUUAUGUCUCUGAGAUUUUAGUUCCUACUGUAACCAUGAAUCGCUUUAAUAUAUCUUGUUUUCUUGGUAUUUAUAUAUGAUGAUGAGAUUACACAGUUAAGAUUGAUCUUUUAUAUUCUAAUUGGAUUUUACUGCCCAAAACAACAAUGAAGAUCAAACGAGUUGCUGCUAUUUUGCUCUCUGUUUCAUGGCUCUCAUUGCUUUCAAGUUUCAACCAUGCCACAUUUCUUUCAGCCUUCACCUUGUGAAAACUCUUUAUAUAGGACUCAUUACAUGUUCAUUGGAUUUCAUAGUUUCUUCGCUUUCGAGGCCAUUAUCAUGAAACAAACAAUAGAUCCAUAUCCUACAGAAAUGUGGAUGUUUGAGUCAUCAGAUGAGCUCAGAACCAUACUCUUGUACGCUUUACUUGUUUCAUCUCCAUUAGCGCCUCCAGAAGCAAGCUUUUGACGAGGGCUUAAUUCAUUGUUGUCUGCCUUGAAGGCUGGAUCAAGCUUUCUGAGCUCGCCCUUUCUCCAGCUAUGGCACCAUCUCUAUGCAGAACACACUGGCUCAUAAAUGUCAUGAUCGACCAUAGUCAUCUUCUCUACAUUGGGUUCCACAUACAUCAAGCUCAUUAUCACAGGAUUCCAUUGUCCCUGGUCUGGUGGUGAUACAACAAUGUCUAUUGCUCCAUCAAAACCAACAGGAGGAUCUGAAGAAUUGGUUUCAUCUUAUAGUCUUUGCUUCCCGUUUCUUCAUUCCGUUGCCUCAUUCCUUCGUCUCCAUCAGAUUUUACCUGAAGCAAGCUUUUGGUGAGGGCCUGAAUCAUUGUUAUCCGACUAUAUAGUCUACUUUCUUUUAACAAGAGGCUCAGAAGCAUCUCCUCCACUAUUCGUUACAUGAGUAUACUUCUUCUAUUUGUCUCAUUAUUUGAGCAAUGUCGAGGCUAUUAUCUUCUUCAUCUUGUCUCAUGCAACCUGUGUCCUGGACAAUCGAACCUGAAUGGACUUUUAUUGACCAAACAGAAUCUGAUUCAAA